CAACUAUCCUGGCAACGAAGACAGCGAAAUAAUUUCAGGUUACAAUGGCAAAAACAGUUAUAUCUGCACUAUACCCACCACAGAUUGAUGUCACAAGAACACCUCUUGCAUAUGGAGACAGAGCAAUACCAAGAUUGAACAGAGAACUGAAUGAUGAUACACUUCUAACCAGGCAGAGGGCAGUGAGGUCACUAUGUGAUCACCUUCACGACCCUGAACAUAUUGCUGAGGCGCUUAGAGAAGGAAUACCAACUAGCUUGAAGAAACUUUUGAAAGACCCAGACAUAACGGUUCGACAAAAAGCAACAGAAUCUCUAUAUGUUAUAGCACAGCAUGCCAUAGGGAGAGAUGCCUUCCUGGAACAUGGUAUUAUUGUUCCUUUAUCAAAACUUUUUGAUGACAAAGAAGAUAUUGCCCGUAAAAAUGCCCACCUUGCAAUACAGAUGAUUUCAGAGACAACUAUAGGUGCGGAGGGGAUCGUAAAUGCCAAACUAGUCGCAAAACUUGUGGAUAAACUAAAAACUGAACAUGACGAGAUCAAAGAAUUAAUUCUUGAUACGCUUCAUUUUUGUAUGCGUGUAGACACUACCAAUGCUCUGAAUGCAAAUGCCAUGCAGGUUUAUACAGAUCUCCUGGCUCAUGAGUUGACUUCAGUGAGGGCAAAGACAGCAAGGGAUAUUAUGGACUUGAGUGUGCCACUGGCAGGAAAGGACUUUGCAGUAAAUGUUGGUACAGUAGAGAAACUGAUUGGUCUCCUUCAAGACUCCGACCCUGUAGUGAGAGCGAAUGCUGCUGGUGGUCUUAUGACUAUCACUAUAACAACAAAGGGGAAAUACACUGCAAUCAAUGGGGGUGCUAUUGAGCCUCUUGUCAAUCUGGUAGAUGAUCCAAACAGUGAAGUCAGGGCUAACUCAUUAAAGGCAUUGACAUGUUUAUCAGAGGCACCCGAAGGACGAGCCACUUUGUUAACACACGUAGAAAAAAUAAAAACACUAAUGCAUGAUCCUAUACCAGCUGUAGUGAAAGCAGCAACCAUUGCAGUCAAAGUUAUCACGUGGAAACCAUAGGACGUUAAAUACAACAACAGUGUAUAUACCAUUAUUUGAGAGGGGGAGGGGGGGGGGGUGAUAUUAAUAUGGUAUCAAGUAUGACUUCAACUUUUGUUAAAGACAAUAACAGUGUACAUAUUAUCAACUAUAACUUUCACUAGUUGAGUGACUUUUGCCUUGUCUCAAGGAUAUGUGGAUAUAUGGAUAUGAAAGGUUUAAAGCUAGUUCUUAUUUCUAUUAAACUGUUAAAAGGAUUUAAUCAGUCUAAACACAAAAUAUUUUAAUUGGGCUUUCAAAGCAAAACCAUUGUCAUUUUCUUGUAAAAUAUCAUUUUGUAAAAAGUUUCAGCCAGUUCAGUAUCAUCAGAUAGUUUCAGUAUUUUAUCUCUAAUGUUGGUUUAUUAUCCUUCACCUAGAUUCUGAAACAAAAGUUUUCUUGAAAAUAGAUAAAAAUCAUGAAACCAUAUUGUCGCUUCAAAGACAGAAAGCAUGUAUUUAUUAAUGAGUGUUCAUUUGUAAAUAUUGAUAUGGUAUUGGGACAAUAUAAAAGAUGGCAGCACAGUUA